CAUCUCUCAAAUCCUCUCAUCAUGCAUCAAUAACAUCUUUAUCUCUCUCUCCAUCUUCCUAUCACAAUGGUGAAGCAGAUAAGAAGAUACGCUCUGUUUCAGGCCACGCCAGAUUCUGAGUUCGUGAAGGAGAUGUACGGAGGCUACUUCAACGUAUUUGUGUCGGCUUUCGGAGACGAAGGAGAGCAAUGGGAUCUUUUCCGUGUGAUCGAAGGCGAGUUUCCUUGCGACGAUGAUCUUGAGAAGUAUGAGGGAUUCGUCAUUAGCGGGAGUUUACAUGACGCUUUCACAGAAGAGGAUUGGAUCAUUGAGCUUUGCUCUGUUUGCCAAAAACUUGAUGUGAUGAAAAAGAAAAUUCUUGGCAUAUGCUUUGGUCACCAGAUAAUAUGUAGAGUAAGAGGUGGGAAAGUGGGAAGGGCUCGUAGAGGACCAGACAUAGGCCUGGGUAACAUAACGAUCGUUCAAGAUUUGAUCAAACCGGGUGGUUACUUCGAUCAAACCAAGUCAUUAUCAAUCAUACAAUGUCAUCGAGACGAAGUACUUGAGCCUCCUGAGUCGGCCAUAGUCAUUGGAUUCUCGGACAAGUGCGACGUUGAGAUAUUCUCAGUGGAAGAUCACUUGCUUUGCUUUCAAGGUCAUCCCGAGUAUAACAAGGAGAUUCUCCUUGAGAUCAUUGAUCGUGUCCACAAGAUCAAAUUUAUUGAGAAGAAGAGGUUUGCUUUGUUUUUAGCGACGUGUGAUUCAGAGUUCGUGAAGAAGACUUACGGUGGUUACUUCAAUGUCUUCGUUUCGACUUUCGGCGAUGAAGGUGAGCAAUGGGAUCUAUUCCGAGUCAUCGACGGCGACUUUCCCGACGAGAAGGAUUUAGACAAGUACGAUGGUUUCGUUAUCAGUGGUAGUCCACAUGAUGCUUUCGGAGACGCUGAUUGGAUUGUUAAGCUUUGUGAGGUUUGUCAGAAACUUGAUGACAUGAAGAAGAAAGUCCUCGGCAUCUGUUUCGGCCACCAGAUAAUUACUAGGGUCAAAGGUGGGAAGAUAGGAAGGGCACUCAAAGGUGCAGACAUGGGACUUAGAAGCAUAAACAUAGCGAAAGACAAUGAAAAACUACGCGGUUACUUUGGAGAUGAGGUACCGGCAUCUUUAGCUAUUAUAAAAUGCCAUCAGGAUGAAGUGUUGGAACUCCCUGAGUCUGCUACAUUACUUGCAUCUUCUGAGGUUUGCGAGGUCGAGAUGUUUUCUAUUGGAGAUCAUUUUUUCUGCAUCCAAGGGCAUCCUGAGUAUAACAAAGAGAUUCUGUUUGAGAUCGUGGACCGUGUUCUUAAUAUGAAACUGAUCGAGCAAGAGUUUGCGGAUAAGGCAAAGAGUACAAUGGAGACUGCGCAACCAGACAGGAUUCUAUGGCAGAAGCUCUGCAAAAACUUCCUCAAAGGUUGAUGAUCCGAGCAAGUUUAGUUUGCUAUCAAACUAUGUCUAUCUCUGAUGAACCUAUCAAAAACUAUGUCAUCUCUCAAUGAACCUACAAUAUCCUU